AUUCUUUUUAAUGAACUCUCUCCAAGUUCUUAUGCUGAAGCACGCAAAUAAAACUAAUCCCCACUAUUAACAAAUUUAUUCAUUUGUGAUUACGCUUCCUGAUAGUUUUUUUGCUGAGGAUGUUUUGAAUUUCGUGUUGGUGAAUUAAAACAACUUUUAGCGCCUCGGGGCGGCUGUUCACGUUUUGCUGUGGCUCUGUACAUGGUAACCAUUAACAGUUUUCACUAAUGUACCGGAACAACUCUGUGAUAUCAAAUUCGUCGGACUCGCCACAGACAUCCCAGCCUUACUACUCUAGAAUUCUCUUACCAAAAGUGUCGGGUAAUGGUCCAAUAAAUCAUUCUCAAAGGCGACACUCUCUUUUAAAUGGUUCAAGUUCAACAUCCUCAGACCGUUCCAAACAAUCACUAGUUUCAGCCUAUUUUGGUCGAAGUCGAACACUACACAGGGAUUCCCCAAGUUAUAUGCCGACUAUCUUUAACUUCCAGCCUUUAAAUGGUUACCAUUCUCCAGUUCUGAAACGUCGCGUUUGUCGGACUGAGAGCACAAAGGCAAACUUAUUUGGGACUCCUGAGCCACCUAAUUCAGAUAUAGCCAUUAAACAUGGUUUACGUGUUUUCGAGUCGAAAAAGCGUGCUCGUGAGCUUUCUGAUAUUACUGUUACUACAGAGGAAUCAUCGCAAGAUGAAUCAGACUUUGGAAAUUCUAAGCGUCGAAAAACAUCUAGGACAUUCGAUAUAUCUACUGUGGGGUGCACACACGAUGUUGACGGCUUUUCUUUCACAUCCUUGCGUCAACUCAAUAGCGGAAAUGCAGUUGGGGUUACUGCCUGUGCCACUGAUAACAGAUUACUAUCCAAAGUGAGCGAUCGAAAUAGCAAAUCAGUUCAGACGCAAGUUUUGAAUGAGUGCGAAGAUGAUAGAACAGUUUCAACCACAUCAUCUGCGGGGAGUGUUAAACCGUCCCUAAAUAAUAUUUUUGGAUCUGCUGCAGCUCUGAGAAGAAAGAUUCCAUACAUGUCACCAUCUGAACUUGAAGCCCAUUUGUUGUCUACUAAAGCUUUAACAUAUACGAGUCAGUAUGCUCUAGAGAAUCACACCUCAGAAGCAGGUGAUUUUAAUUCUAUUGAUUUGGAUACAUCACCUUUUCAGUAUUCAAGAAAAAAAGUCACUGCUCGUAGGAUUGCAACUGAAAACAACCAAACCGUAGAGGAUUCAACUCAGUCGUCUUUAAAUAAUGUUGGACCACCACUAGUUACUAAUAUAACUUGUUACGAUGAGAAAUCAGAGACUGACAGUUCAGAACUCCCAGUUGUUCAGCCGACAUCCUUAAAUCGCUUUAUUGCAAACCUUGAAAGUCAUUCAAACCUAUUUCUUAAUAAGAUGAGUCAGUCACAGAUUAAGACUGCUUCUGCGGGAUUUGAUGUGGAAUCACGUGUGAAACGUAUUCGUGAACUGAUCUCAGCCAAAUCUAGUAAUAAUUCGAGCAGUUCAUGUGGUUAUAGUACUCACUCUACUAUCAGUUCUAUUACAAGUACUAGCUAUUGUAGUCCCAUCACUCAAAUCCUAGCUAGUUCAAAUUCAUCUCCUAUAGUUUCUACCAUAUCAUCGUCACUGCCUAGUGUUCAUUCAACAUCUGGCGUAAGUUUCAUGUCAGUCAUUGUAUGUAACACUUCUGCAUCAGUUCAGAAUAUCACCUCCAUUAGCAAUCCAUUGGCAUCUUCAACCACUUCCAAACAUUUCAGUUUUCCUGUAAUUAGUUCAGUUGGUGAAGUUAUCAGUACUCAAGCUGUUAUCCCAACAUCUAUUACCGUUACUUCUAUAGUAAGUCUACCUGGUAGCAUAAGUUUUAGUUUUACUUCUACAUCCAACAUAUCUUCUCCAUCCGCCCCAGUGGCUAGUGCAAGUACAGUAUUAGCAACUGCCGUUACAUCAGUUUCAUUUUCUUUCUCUACUGCUUCUACCGCCCAUGUAUCAAUUUUGAAGGAGCCAACAGUCAUUUCAACAAUAGCUGUAACUACGUCAGCUUCAGUCUCACAUCCAAUAUUUCCAUUAGUUACCAAUUUCACUGCUGUCUCAACAUCUGAAAGUAAUUCUGCAGUAGUUCCAUCUUCCAUAUUUACUUUUCCGACCAGCACGAUAACUACAUCUGCCACAAUAGUUUCUGCAACGGCGACAACAACAGCAACACAGAAGAUCACUCCUGCUUUCUCUUUUUCAUUUCCACCUACUUCAUCGACUCCUUUACAGACGACUAGUUCAAACUUAUCAUCGACAGCAAAUCUUGGUUCAAGUGUUUUUGAACCUUUGAAGCCUAUUUCUACAUUCAGUGAGUUUUCUUUCCCGAAACCAGCUAUUACAUCAUCGACUAGUGUUCCUACUAGUAACCCAUCAUCGGUAGCUGAAAAUAUAGUUCAGUCCGACAGUAGCAGACCGUUUACUUUUGGUUCAAUUAAUUCCCAACCCAUUUCUACGGCUUCCAUUUUUACAUUUGGAGCGUCGACAGUGACUACAUCCUCACUAAAACCAAUCUCAUCCGUUAGUUUUGGAUCAACUUCUAUGCCAUCAUUUUUGGGAUCAUUUUCCAACUCUGGACCUGUGUCAAGUAGUUUUGUCUUUGGUGCUAACGUGUCUAAACCUUCAUCAACCAUUUCAAGUGGUGCUUUUGGUCAGAUAACGGGUACCACGUCAUCGCUAAAUACUGUAGCAAAUAAUGUUGGUUUGUUUACCUUUACAUCCCCAAUUACUAGUACUUCUGGCGUGUCAUUAUUUGGAUCAAAUUCUAUUAACAUCAGUUCCACAACUGUAUCACUUCCCACAAACACGUCUGUAUCUGGUUUCAGUUCAACUACGAUAAACCCAUUACUUAAUCCAGUGUCUACAACAUUUUCAACAAACUCCUUUACUCUUGGAAUUAAACCAGCAAAUGUAACUCCUGCCAAAACUACAUCUUUAUUUGGAGCUAGUAAUUCGAUUUUCGAAACUCCUAAUACAUCAUCAUCUUUAAAAUUCAAUUUUAAUCAGUUAACUUCUAGCGCCGCAUCUAAUGUAGCCAUCACCAGUGGAUUGUCGUUUGGUACGACAAUUGUGACUACAACUGUAACUUCUGUAACGCCUGCUAGUACAUUGUUUCAGUUCGGUAGUUUCAGUUCUAAUUCAAAGCCAUCUGCAGCUUCCGUUUCUCAACCGCUCUCUUUUGGUUCCUCAGUGCCUCAAUUUUCGUUUGGCCAACACUUCACACCUGCAUGUUCACAACCGAGCACCCUACCAACUUUGUCAUUUUCCUCGCUUAAUUCGGGUCCCAUAACUACUACCACUAACUCUUUUCAAUUCUCUUCAACUCCCGUAUUUUCUAAUAUUAAUCCGCCAACUAAUUUUAGUGGCUUUAAUUUCUCUCUACCCCAAACAUCUACACCAAGUGUAAUUACACCUCAAACAAAUGCUUGUUUUGUUUUUGGUCAAACACCGUUAAGUACUGGCGUUGCUAAUUCCAAUCCAUUCACUUUUAAUACAUCUUCAACUAAUCCUCCAUCUAAUGCUACGAAUGCGCCUCGACGUCGACCACUUUCAAGCAGACGCUCUCGUCGUCCAUAAUUUUCUUUGUCUAUAAUGAUGUAAUUAUAUUCUUAUUGUUUUAUCAGAUGAAACAUAAACUGGACAGUAUUUUUUCAUUAGAGUUAUUGUGCUUGCACUUGCGUGUGCGCUUGUGUAAGCAUUAAAAGAUUAGCGUUCUAAUCGGAACAAAGUCAAAAUUCUUUGUUGUUAAUUGCAGUUGUGUAAAUGACGUUAGUUGUUUUCCGCUUAUUUUUACGUGGUGCCAUUUGAAACUAUAUACAUAUAUUCUCCCUCUUCGAAUAAAUGCAAACUUUCUUAAUGUGUAUAUGUAAAAACAUAUUGAGUUAGUUACUGUAUAUUCCCUAUUUUCCCCUUUGGCUUUUAUUUUCAAUCCCAUACGAAAAUUAUUCCUAACGUUUUUUGAAGAGGGGGAAUGAUAAUGCUAGUGUCACUACAAGCUGAUAUGUAAUAUAUAAUUACCAAUUGCUAUUAUUAUGCUUGGAAAAGAUUAGUUUGUUUUUAUUCAUUUCUCAUUUUGUUUUGUUUAACAAAAUCAUGAAUACAGUGAGUUCGUAUAGAAGAACUAGUGUUUUCAGUUAAGCAUACAGUAAUGUGCUCCGGUAAUGCAUUAAACUACCGAUAUUAUAGGCCUUUUAAAUAAGGGGGUUUUAUGAAACUGUAUUUUCCCGUGGAUUUAUGCAGUGUUUUGUUCACUAAGAACGGUGAUCGAUGAAAGGGGAGAUAACCUUUUUAUUGAUGUGAAAUAUGUUCGAUUUACCCUUUGUCCCUCUGACUUACGACCAAUCGAAAACGCAUUUUUCUGAACGCAUAAUGAGUCUACUUUUAACAAAUACUGUAAUUUUUCGAAUUUGGUAACAAAUUGUCAUUAAAGCAAUUAGUCCUUUUUAUAAAUUUCGAUAAAGCAAUGAGAAGACUGAGUUGAUCUUAUCAAUUCCAUCUUCAAAUUAUUAUUACCUUAGUCAUGUUAUCUCAUACGUCUAUUGUGAUAUAACUUGUCAAAAGGGAUGUUUGUGUGUGUGUGUGUGUGUUGGAUUCCCAACAGAUCAAGAUUUUGUUAGAGAACUUCAGUCGACCAAAAAUGUAAAAGUCAUAGACUUGAUUACGCUUUAGUAUUUUCAGUGAAAAUGUAAUGAUACAUAAAAUAAAUUUAUAUCUAUUUAUUUCGAAAUAAAAUAUCUGAUUGAAGUUCAAAAUGAAACACUUGUAUAUGAAGUAGACUAAUUUCAUUUUAGGUUAUAUUUUCUACAUUAGAAUGGAUUUGAUAUAAAUGAAAAACAAUAAGGGCGAAAAAC